CUUGGGGCACAUCAUUCCGCUUUCUCGCGGUCCAUUGCCGAAGCUUCUCUCGGACGACCUCCCAGUCAGGAACCCUCCUCUUCUCUUCUACAUCAAUUGAUCACUCUGCACUCUUGUAUCGCAGCAAUCAGCAUCCUGCAAAGUCCCAGACCACUCCUACACAAUCGACUCAAGACAAAUCCACCAACAUGGCUCGCAAGUUCUUCGUCGGCGGCAACUUCAAGAUGAACGGGACCAUCUCGUCCAUCAAGGAGAUUGUCGACAACCUCAACAAGGCCCAGCUCGACAGCAACGUUGAGGUUGUCGUCUCCCCACCCGCUCUCUAUCUCCUCCUCGUCCGCGAGCAACUCCGCAAGGAGAUUGGUGUCGCUGCGCAGAACGUCUUCAACAAGCCCAACGGCGCCUUUACCGGCGAGAUCUCCGUCUCCCAGCUGCUCGACAGCAACAUCGAUUGGGCCAUCCUUGGUCACUCGGAGCGCCGCACCAUUCUCGGCGAGAGCGACCAGACCGUUGCCUCCAAGACCAAGUUCGCCACCGACAAUGGCGUCAGCGUCAUCUGGUGCUGCGGCGAGUCUCUCGAGCAGCGCGAGUCCGGCAGCACCCUCUCUGUCAUCACCGCUCAGCUCGCCGCCCUCAAGGCCGAGGUCUCGGACUGGUCCAAGAUUGUCAUCGCCUACGAGCCCAUCUGGGCCAUCGGCACCGGCAAGGUCGCCACCACCGAGCAGGCUCAGGAGGUCCACGCCUCCAUCCGCAAGUGGCUCAAGGAGAACGUCUCGGACAAGGUUGCCGACGAGACUCGCAUUCUCUACGGCGGCAGUGUCAGCGAGAAGAACUGCACCGAGCUCAGCAAGCAGCAGGACAUUGACGGUUUCCUUGUCGGUGGUGCUAGCUUGAAGCCUGCCUUCGUCGACAUCAUUAACUGCAAGUUGUAAGCGAUUUACAUCACGCCAGUGCAACUUGAGUCCCCGUCCUUCGUGACUAAACCUUGUAGGCCACAAGAGAAGCUGUAAAAGGGUGAAGGGUCGGAACGCGGCGGACAUGCAGAGAGACUGGAUUCUCGUGUCACACUACUACGUGUCUUCGCCCAUUAUAACUGUCCUUAGAGCGGAGAUGCAGGUACAAAAAUUGAAAGAAGUAAAACUAGGCUCUUUUUGCUGCAAAAGGACAUUAUCAUGACUUUUGUUUCAUUAGUACGUGCUGAG